UUUCCAGAUGAGACCAGUCAGGUGGAGAAAUCUUCAGACACCAUGUGCGUUGUCCAGACUGGAAAUGGAGACUAUAUCACAGUUGGCAGUGAAACACGGCCAAGUGGUAGUAGUUCAACUUUUCCUGAUUCUUUCCUAAGAAGAGAUUGUGCAGGACCAGAUCAGGUGACCUUUGAAGAUGUGUCUGUGAAUUUCUCAGAGGAGGAGUGGGCCCUCUUGGAUCCAAGCCAAAAAGCCCUGCACCAGCAAGUCAUGGAGGAGAACUUUGGCAUUGUGUCAUCUCUGGAGAAGACACCAUUUAAAUAUUUGGAAUUUGGAAGGAAUUUUAAUUGGAAAGAAGCACUCACCUUUUGUCAAGAAAUUCACACAAGGGAUGAACCAUUAAAAUGCGUAGAGUGUGAAAAAAGUUUCAGCCAGAAGUCAAACCUUGUUCGUCACCAGGCAACUCAGACAGAACAGAAGCCAUUUAAAUGCACAGAGUGUGGAAAGAGCUUCAAUCAUAAGAGAGUUUUUGCUCGUCAUCAGGCAACGCACAAACAAGAGAAACCAUUUAAAUGCUUGCAGUGUGGUAAGAACUUCAGUCAGAAGGGAUUUCUUGCUCGUCAUAAGGCAAUUCACAAAGGAAAGAGAUCAUUUAAAUGCCCAGAGUCUAGAAAGAGCUUUGGAUAUAAGGGAGGCCUUGUUCAGCAUCAGGCAACCCAUAGAGGAGAAAAGCCAUUUAAAUGCCCAGAGUGUGGAAAGAGCUUCUAUCGAAAGGCACACCUUGUAUUUCAUCAGUUAGUUCAUCCAGGACAGAAACCAUUUAAAUGCUCAAAGUGUGGAAAGAGCUUCAGCCGAAAGAUACACCUUAUACAUCAUGAGGCAGCGCACAGAGGAGAAAAGCCAUUUAAAUGCUCCGUAUGUGGAAAGAGCUUCAGUCAGAACUCACACCUUAUUUUCCAUCAGAGAAAACACGCAGAAGAAAAGCCAUUUAAAUGCUUUGAGUGUGGAAAGAGCUUCAGUAGUAAAUCAAAUCUUGUUCGUCAUCAGGUAAUUCACACAGGAGAAAAGCCAUUUAAAUGCCCAGAGUGUGGAAAGAGCUUCUAUCAAAAGGUACACCUUGCCAUUCAUCAAUUAGCUCACACAGGAGAGAGACCAUUUAAAUGCUCAGAAUGUGGAAAGGGCUUCAGUCAGAAGAGAGACCUUUUUCGUCACCAGAAAACUCACACAGGAGAGAAGCCAUUUAAAUGCUUGGAGUGUGGAAAGAGUUUCAGUUGGAAGACAGUCCUUGUUCGUCAUCAGGCAACUCACACAGGAGAGAAACCGUUUAAAUGCUCAGAGUGUGGGAAGGGUUUCUGUCAGAAGAGAGACCUUGUUCGCCACCAAAAAACUCACACAGGGGAGAAGCCAUUUAAAUGCUUGGAGUGUGAAAAGAGUUUCAGUUGGAAGAGAGGCUUUGUUCAUCAUCAGGCAACUCACACAGGGGAGAGACCGUUUAAAUGCUCAGAGUGUGGAAAGGGUUUCAGUGAGAAGAGAGAUCUUGUUCGCCACCAGAAAACUCACACAAGGGAAACACCAUUCAGAUGCUUAGAAUGUGGAAAGAGCUUCAAACGGAAGAUAGUCCUUGCUUGUCAUCAGGCAACUCACACAGGAGAGAAGCCAUUUAAAUGCCCUGAGUGUGGAAAGAGCUUCUGUCAGAAGUCACACCUUGUUCGUCAUCAUUUAGCUCACACAGGAGAGAGACCAUUUAAGUGCCCAGAGUGUGGAAAGAGCUUCUGUCAGAAGUCACACCUUGUUCGUCAUCAGGCAACUCAUACAGGAGAGAAGCCAUUUAAAUGCUCAGAGUGUGAAAAGAGCUUCAGACAGAAGAAUGAUCUUGUAUGCCAUCAGAAAUCUCACACAGGAGAGGUACCAUUCAGAUGCUUAGAGUGUGGAAAGGGCUUCAGAAGGAAGAAAGUCCUUGCUCGUCAUCAGGCAACUCACAAAGGAGAGAAACCAUUUUCAUACUUAGAGUCUAGAAAGAGCUUGAGUCAGAAGGCAGUCCUUGUUCAUCAUCAGGCAACUCACACAGGAGAUAGAAUCAUAGAAUCAUAGAGUUGGAAGAGACCU